AUAGGCCACACUUUGAUACGUCUCUUUUCUGCAGCUUCAGCUUCUCUCGUCUAUAUUCAUGCUUCCGUUCCAAGCUACUUCAUCAAUUUGUUUUGCGAAAUCUCUCUAUUCUUCAAGCUGCAGUAAGAUCUAAGGAAUCGAUGGGGCCGACAAAGAGCAGCAGCGUAGAAGAAGAUGAUUGCGAGGAGGAAUUAGAGGAGGAGGAGGCGUUCGUGGAGGUUGAUCCAUCGGGGCGAUUCGGGAGAUACAGUGAGCUUUUAGGCUGUGGAGCAGUGAAAAAGGUGUACCGCGCAUUCGAUCAGCGUGAGGGAAGAGACGUUGCCUGGAAUCAAGUUCGUCUACGAAGCUUCAGCAGCGAUCCAUCUGUAAUCAUCCGAUUGCGCUCCGAGAUCGAGCUUCUCAAAAACUUGAAGCAUCAAAACAUCAUAUUCCUCUACCAUUUCUGGAAAGAUGUGGAGCACAACACUCUCAAUUUCAUCACCGAGGCCUGCGCUUCUGGCAAUCUCAGAGACUACAGGAAGAAGCAUCGCCAUGUUUCCAUCAAGGCGCUUAAGAAAUGGGGGGUUCAGAUUCUCCGAGGUUUGGAUUAUCUGCACACUCAUGACCCCUGCAUCAUCCACCGAGACUUGAAUUGCAGCAACAUUUUCAUCAAUGGCAAUGUGGGGAAGGUCAAGAUCGGGGAUUUGGGGCUGGCCGCCGUGGUGGGAGAGAGCCACGCUGCGCAUUCCAUGAUAGGCACGCCAGAGUACAUGGCGCCCGAGCUGUAUGAGGAGGACUACACAGAGCUCGUUGAUAUAUACUCAUUUGGGAUGUGCUUGUUGGAGAUGGCCACGUGUGAGAUACCCUACAGCGAGUGCGAUAGCCUCGGGAAGAUAUACAGGAAGGUCACGGCCGGGGUGAUGCCCCGGGCCAUGGCCGACCUUCACGACCAUGAGCUCAAGGCCUUCGUUGAGAGGUGCGUGGGGAGGCCGAGGGAUAGGCCCUCAGCUGCCCAGCUGCUCAAGGAUCCAUUUCUUGCUGAUGUUGUGGAUGAUGAUAUUGAGGAUGAACUUUGAAGGGUGGGUGGGGUGUGUUUUUAAAUAAAAUGAUCUCUGUAAUCUUGAAUUCAGAUAGAUAUGACUUGAAACAAAAUGAUCAGUUCUGGCUUAAAUCCAUAUAUUUUUCCACAAAA